AUGUCAACUUUCAAAAAUACCACAUCCUCUUCUGUCAUUUUCUUUCUGACUGGUGUUCCUGGGCUGGAAGCCUUCCACACCUGGAUCUCCAUUCCCUUCUGCUUUCUCUAUGCAAUUGCUCUCUCAGGAAACAGCCUGGUUCUCUUUGCCAUUGUCACUCAACCCAGUCUCCACGAGCCCAUGUAUUAUUUCCUGUCCAUGCUUUCCACCACUGACCUUGGCCUGUCUGUAUCCACUCUGGUCACCAUGCUGGGUAUCUUCUGGUUCAAUGCCAGGGAGAUCAGCUUUAAUGCUUGCUUGUCACAAAUGUUUUUCAUUCAACUUUUCACUGUCAUGGAAUCUUCAGUGUUGUUGGCCAUGGCCUUUGAUCGAUUUGUGGCUAUCUCUGAUCAUCUUAGAUAUGCCAGUAUCUUAACUGAUCUUAAAAUAGCACAGAUUGGAGUAGCAAUCGUCAUCAGGGGUACCCUAAUACUGACUCCUAUGGUGGUGCUUCUUAAGCGCUUGUCCUAUUGCCACAGCCAUGUGCUCCACCACUCCUUCUGUUUCCACCCUGAUGUGAUGAAGCUCUCAUGCACAGACACCAGGAUCAAUAGUGUGGUUGGUCUGACAGCUCUGAUCAUCACUGCUGGGGUGGACUCGAUCUUCAUUAUCCUGUCUUAUCUUUUGAUUAUCAAGACUGUCCUCAGCAUCACAUCCUCAGAAGAGAGGAAGAAAGCCUUCAGCUCAUGCAUCUCUCAUAUUGGUGCUGUUGCUGUACUCUAUAUUCUGUUGAUUAGCCUGUCUUUUGUUCACAGAUUUGGGAAAGGGGUCCCGCCAUAUGUACAUACUCUGAUUGCAAAUGCCUACCUGUUGAUCCCCCCUGUAAUGAACCCCAUCAUCUACAGUGUGAAGACCAAACAGAUACGCAGAGCUGUGCUAAAAGUUCUCCAUACCACUGCAACAAAGAACUAG